CCACCGCAGCAACAGGCCGCAAACGUCGCGUAUCCCUUCUGCGAACGCGAUAGUUUCCUUUCUAUUUCCCUACCUUUCUUCUUCUUCUUCAUUUUGUGCAACAAAUUCACCGCGAUCAACCCACCAAGGGGAGGAACUUGACAUAUUCGGAGACCAUCGAGAAAGAUUUUCGAUAGCCAUAACAACUACACUUGCGACAUGAAGAGCUCGUUAACAUCGUUGUAUGUGCUGUCCUUCAUCUGCAACUGGGCACUGGUUUCUUCCUCCAUAUUAACCCCCAUGAAGGCUGAUGGAAGUUUGAGGAUCUUCAAGGAUGGGCCCAAUGACUUCGAAUACGUGCUGAAGAGGCAUGACGUCGAUAGAAGUUCGGAAGAUCCUGAUUCAAAAGAACGACGAAGCAGCAUGGGGUCCUCUUUCAUUAGAUACGGCCGCAGCGAUCUGGACGGAAAUAUAGAGAGAGUUUCCAGCAGCGAUGGCGAUGGUAGCUCAAAGGUGAACAGGUAUCCUCGUUUCAAGUCACCGGAUAUCAUCAUUAGGUUUGGCCGAUCGGGCUUCAAGAACCUGAACGAUGACACACAUUACAGACACGGAAGAAAUAACUUGAAUUUUCUCAGAUACGGCCGGAACGUGCAGGUUUAUCCUCUAGAAAUCGACAUGACUGCGAUGUGCUCCGAUCUACUAUCAAAUAACGAGAUUAACGAUCUUCAUCCGUACGAGGCGAGAUUGCUUCGUCUGUGUAACAUUUUGAACAACAGCGAUAUAGAACAUAGAAACAGUCCGGACUUCUUAGAAGACCGGCUCGGUUCGAAACACAAUUAAAUAUGCUCUUGUAAUCGAUCCAUCGCGCCUAUUCAUCGGAAUUCGUGCCAAGACCCGCCGUCAACAGCUCACUUUCGGGACACUGCACCGCAAUCGAUCCCGAAAUUCCGAUGGACAACGUUGUUAUCGGCCGAUCCAUACUCAGUUAUGACUUGACGAAGACCUGUUACACCUUUCUUCGAGCUUUUAGCCUUGCAAAUGAUUUUAUGGAGCCGGUUGAUGCUUUCGUCUUGGUCUUUCAGGUAAAACUGCGCUUAAUAGUAUUAGACAAUUACAAAUACAUCGGCAACGAAUUCUACGUCAUAUUAUUCGUUUGUUAGAACACAAUUUAUGGAUAUUUAUUACUUACUUUGCAAAAUCUUAUAUUUUCAAGUCUGUAAAAUUAUUCUCAACUGUUUCAUAUUAAAACAUUUUUCUUUAGACAUCAAGUGACAUAAUUGUCAGAAACAAAAAAUGGAUUUAUCAUAUUUUUCAAUUUUUCUCAUGGAUCGAUUUUAACAUUUUUACUGCGCUAUUUGGUUUUCACGGAGAUAUUUCAGUAAGUUCCUUGAAUUUUGUAAAGAUUCGAGAAGAUUUGUGGAUCGUUGUGCGAUCAUAUGUAAAUAAUGCUGUUUAAUAUUAUUUCUGUUAACGCAUUAUUAAAUUUUUUAAUGGCCAUAAUAUGGCCCCUUUUGCUUAAUUUAUUAAUUAGUAGUAGUGAACUGGCGAAUGACAAGUUGUGAGUUAUAGAUUUCUUCUUCAUAAAUGUACAAUUUUACAUUAAAUAGAUUAAUCGAAUGAUUUACAUGUUAUUUGUUAUAUAUGUUUUUUAUAUAAAUUCAUUUGUAAAAUUCCAUUUGCUUUGCUAUCAAACUUGGCCCAAUUAUGUAAGAAAGUCAAUUGCUAACCUGUAUUGAUAAUCUGUAACUUGUGAAUUAUAAAAUUUCAUUAAUAAUAUUAUUCAAUUGCGCACAAGAGAGUUCAGAUAGAUGAAUGGUCAAUAAUUCUAAAAAAAGAAGAACUGUUUGUGUUGAGGUUAUGUAACCACUUCAACAGUUUGUAUUCACUUGAAUCGAUAAUAUUUAAUUAUGAAUGAUACGAAACAUGAUACAUGGAAGCAGUGAUUAUUACAAGUAACAAUUUUAUAAUUCAUUUUUAAUGAAUAAAUUUUGCCGUCUGAAGAGAUAAGCGUGAUAAUAAACGGAAGAUAAACACAGUUAUAUGAAUCACUAUAGUAGAAGCUUGGUGUAUCAAUUUAUGCGAUAAUCUAUAACGAUCUACCUCACUAAUUACUUUUCACAAAUUAAUUUCUUUUUUAUCAGUAGUAAAAAAUACUUUCCUACGAUCUUUUCAAAAUUUUAUAUCGUCGCUAAUUAGUCUAAUUAUUGAUUUAUGCCUUCGUAGAUGAUUGUAUAACCUUAAAUGAUUUCUGUUCAUAAAGAUCUAUUUGUUCGAUUAACAAAAAGGCCGACGAAUAACGUUGUACCAUAACGUUCCUUCUGGGUACUUUAAUGUACAUCCACCUGCGUAUUCAGUGUAAAUAAAGAAAAUUUCAUUGG